UCCUCCCAUUACGUGAGCACGCACGUUGCGUCAGGACGGAAGGAGAAGGCAUUUCCCAGCAGCGCCAUUUUGCGGUAGAAGAGUUCAAGCGCGCGGCGAGGAAAAAAAAAUUAAGGACGUUAAAAGACCUACUAAUUAAAAAUACAAUCCCAUCAUGCAUCGCGAUUGCCCACUGGACUGUAAAGUGUAUGUAGGGAAUCUUGGGAAUAAUGGGAAUAAAUCCGAGCUGGAGCGAGCCUUUGGUUAUUAUGGGCCUCUGCGCAGCGUCUGGGUGGCCAGGAAUCCCCCUGGUUUCGCCUUCGUCGAGUUUGAGGACCCGAGGGACGCUACGGACGCCGUGAGGGAGCUGGACGGCAGGACUCUGUGCGGUUGCCGAGUGAGGGUCGAGCUAUCCAAUGGGGAGAAGAGAUCCCGUAACCGAGGCCCGCCACCUUCCUGGAGCCGACGCCCACGAGAUGAUUACCGCCGGCGAAGCCCGCCUCCCAGGCGCAGAUCCCCCCGCAGGAGGAGCUUCAGCCGUAGCCGCAGCAGAUCUCUAUCCCGUGACCGCAGAAGGGAGAGAUCUCUGUCUCGUGACAGGAACCACAAACCGUCUCGCUCCUUCUCCAGAUCCAGAAGCCGCUCUCGGUCGAACGACAGGAAGUGAGAAGGCUGGGAUCCCUGAUUACGGACGCCUCAUGUAAAGAUCAUUGUCUUUUAACUCCAGCGUUAUGGACUCGGACACAGUGCUUCGUUAGCCUUUUCUUUAUUUUCCUUACUUUUAUAAAGAGAUCAGAUGUUUUAGAGCGGUUAUGUUUCUCACCUCUGUGUGUGUGUGUGAGUGAGAGAUGCGGUGCUUCAUUUCUCAGCUGUCACCAUUCCGUCGCCGUUCAUUUUUAAAGUUGUUUGGGUUUGUUUUUCCCUCCUCCUUGGUCAUGCAUGGUCAUGUGAAUGUAAUGAUCAGUUCCUCCUGCAUGUGUUUGAGCAGGAGAUGUGAAGUGAACUUUUUGUUUCGUUUGUUUAAUGCCAUUGGGAAUUAAUCCUCGGUGAAUUAUUCGUGAGCUUGAAAUGGGAACGUCUCCAGUGCUAUGAAGAGAUGUCUUCUCCCCCCCUCUCUAGUCUUUGUACUAUUUGUAAUGUUCAUCUACAAUAAAAUCCUGGUUUCAGAA